AUGCGCAACGAUAAAAUAGUAGUGGUGACCGAACAGCGAGGAAGCGGUAUAUCAUAUAUACAUAUACGUGUAUGAUACGUGAGUAUAUCGUAUAUACGAAGCAACGGCACGCCGAAGCAAGCUAAGCCGCACGUUACACCGCGCUACGCGAAGCGAGGACUCGCCGUGACGGCGUGUGUUACAUCUUCGCGGUGUUUCCACGCGUGAGGUGAAGGAAGAGCGGAAGAGCAGCGAGUGCGUUGCCGUCAUCGUCGCCGUUGCCGAGCGGAAUCGCGCGAAGCGGCGAGUUUGACGAUCCUCCUCCUCCUCAUCAUCGUCACCGUCACCGUCAUCGUCAUCGUCAUCGUUGUGUCGUGAUCGUGAUCGUGAUCGUGACUUGUCGUGCCUUGUGUCUUGUCAUUGUCGCCGUCGGUGCCGAGAAGCGGGCUCGGGCUGGAGAAUGGCGUCGGACGAGGAGGUGGACGAGAGCUACGCAGGAGAGGAUGACAUGGACGAAACUGGAGGACAGAUAUCAAAUGUUGGUCAGCAAGUAGAUGGGUCAUCCGAUGCUGAGGAGUCUCAAAGACUAGAGGAAGAUGAUGAUUAUGAGCCAGAAGAACGAAAAAAGAAAAAGGGAAAGCGAAAAGCACGCAGUGAGGAUAAGAAAGGAAAGAAGAAAAAGAAAAAGAAAAAAUCUGAUUCUGGAGAUGAAAGCGAUUUCGGUGGCGGUGAUGCGGGUGACGCGGCUGGUGAAGAUAGCGACUAUGCAGUCAACAGAAAAAGCAGGAAAUCAUCAUCUAGAAAAUCUUCUAGCCAUAAUACACCGACCACUCAGAGCCAAGAACCUACAACAGGCAUGCCAACGAUUGAGGAAGUGUGCAACACUUUCGGUUUGACAGACGUACAAAUUGAAUAUUCCGACGCUGAUUUCCAGAACUUAACAACGUACAAGCUAUUUCAACAGCAUGUCAGACCGCUUUUAGCAAAAGAAAAUCCAAAAGUUCCAAUGUCGAAACUUAUGAUGUUAGUGGCAGCAAAGUGGCGUGAUUUUUCUGAAUUAAAUCCACAUACGCAGCCAGAUGCGGAUGUCUCGUCUACAAACGUGGAUGACGAUAGUAGAAAUGCUAGAGCAAACCGAAGUGGUGCUAUACAAGAAGCCGAAGAUGAAGAGGAAGACGACGAAGACAGUGACAGAAAGAGAAAAUCACGAGGUUCAAGAGCGAAAAAAGGAAAAAAGACAUCGAAAGUACCAACGCUUAAAAUUAAGCUUGGGAAACGUAAACGUGGCAGCUCGGAUGAGGAAGCGGAAGGCAGUGCCGCAGGUUCCGCCGCAGAUUCCGAUAUGGAAUUCGAACAGAUGCUGGCUGACGCGGAGGAAACUCCCAAUGCUGAGGGUAACAAAGGCAACGUGGAAGAGGGUAGUGUUGAACCGCCGGCUGAGCCGCCGGUUCGCAGAAAGGCGAAAACUAAAAUUGGCAACAAGACCAAGAAAAAGAAGAAGACGAAAACUACUUCCAAGUUCCCGGAUGGAGAGGAAGGUCUCCAGACUGAUCAUCAGGAUUACUGUGAGGUAUGUCAGCAAGGCGGGGAAAUUAUAUUAUGUGACACGUGUCCUAGAGCGUAUCAUUUGGUAUGCCUAGAGCCCGAAAUGGAAGAAACGCCUGAAGGAAAGUGGAGUUGUGCUCAUUGCGAAGGAGAAGGUAUUGCAGGUGCAGCAGAGGAUGAUGAUGAACAUAUGGAAUUUUGUAGAGUAUGCAAAGAUGGUGGAGAAUUAUUAUGCUGCGACAGUUGUACAAGUGCAUAUCACACACAUUGUUUAAAUCCUCCUUUAUCAGAGAUUCCUGAUGGCGAUUGGAAAUGUCCUAGAUGUUCUUGCCCACCGCUAAGAGGAAGAGUCGCAAAAAUAUUAACUUGGAGAUGGAAAGAAUGUUCUGAUACUCCAUCAGAAGAACCUUCUACAAGCAAAGCUGCGCCCAAGCAAAGAAAAAUGCGUGAAUUCUUUGUCAAGUGGGCGGAUAUGUCUUAUUGGCAUUGUGAUUGGAUAACUGAACUGCAGCUUGACGUUUUUCAUCCUCUUAUGUACAGAAAUUAUUAUCGUAAAUAUGAUAUGGAUGAACCACCGAAAUUGGAGGAACCAUUGGACGAAAGUGAUACUCGUGUAAAACGUUUGAAAGAGCAAGAUGGUGCUACCAAUAGGGAUGAGUACAAUCUAGAAGAACGUUUCUAUCGUUAUGGUGUGCGUCCAGAAUGGUUGGUAGUUCAUAGGGUGAUCAAUCAUCGAUUGCAAAGAGAUGGUAGAGCCACGUAUCUUGUGAAGUGGAGAGAACUUGGUUAUGAUCAGGCAACAUGGGAGGAUGAACAUGCAGAUAUUCCUGGUUUGAAACAAGCUAUAGAGUAUUACUUGGAUCUCAGAGCUGCAAACUGUUGCGAUGGCAGUUCAUCGCGUAAAGGAAAAAAAGGUAAAGGCAAGAAAUCAAAAACGCGUGAGUUGAUUGAUGACGAGGAGAGAACUCCAAAACGAUACACGCCGCCGCCGGAUAAACCUACGACGGAUUUGAAGAAGAAAUAUGAGAGACAGCCAGAAUAUUUAGAUCAAACUGGAAUGCAGUUACAUCCUUAUCAAUUAGAGGGUUUAAAUUGGUUGAGAUAUUCAUGGGGCCAAGGUAUAGAUACGAUUUUGGCCGACGAAAUGGGCUUGGGAAAAACUAUUCAAACUAUAACAUUCUUAUAUUCUUUGUAUAAAGAAGGCCAUUGCAAAGGGCCCUUCUUAGUCUCUGUUCCAUUAUCUACUAUCAUCAAUUGGGAACGUGAAUUUGAAACUUGGGCACCUGACUUUUACUGUGUUACUUACGUAGGCGACAAAGAUAGCCGUAUCGUGAUUCGCGAAAAUGAAUUAUCAUUCGAAGAAGGUGCUGUGCGUAGCGGACGCGCAUCUAAAAUUCGAUCAUCCUCGAUAAAAUUUAAUGUCUUACUUACAAGCUACGAAUUGAUUUCGAUAGAUUCGGCAUGUUUAGGCUCCAUCGAUUGGGCCGUUUUAGUUGUAGAUGAAGCUCACAGAUUGAAGUCUAAUCAAUCGAAAUUUUUUAGAUUAUUAGCGUCAUACAAUAUUGCAUAUAAACUUUUAUUAACUGGUACUCCACUACAAAAUAAUUUGGAGGAACUUUUCCAUUUAUUGAAUUUCUUAUGUCGCGAUAAAUUCAAUGAUUUAGCGGCAUUCCAAAACGAAUUCGCGGAUAUUUCAAAGGAAGAGCAAGUCAAGAAACUACAUGAAAUGCUUGGUCCACAUAUGUUGAGAAGAUUAAAAGCUGAUGUACUGAAGAACAUGCCUAGCAAAUCUGAAUUUAUCGUACGCGUCGAAUUAUCACCAAUGCAGAAGAAAUACUACAAAUAUAUAUUAACAAGAAACUUUGAGGCUCUGAAUCCGAAGGGAGGUGGUCAGCAAGUAUCAUUAUUAAAUAUAAUGAUGGAUCUCAAAAAAUGCUGCAAUCACCCGUACUUGUUUCCCGCUGCGUCACAAGAAGCACCGACCGGACCAAAUGGAAGUUACGAAACAUCAGCGCUAAUUAAAGCUGCUGGCAAACUGGUUCUAUUGAGUAAAAUGCUUAAGAAACUACGAGACGAUGGGCAUCGAGUUCUUAUAUUCUCACAAAUGACUAAGAUGUUAGAUAUCCUCGAAGAUUAUUUGGAAGGUGAAGGAUACAAAUAUGAAAGAAUAGAUGGUAACAUAACGGGUGCGCAGCGUCAAGAAGCUAUCGAUAGAUUUAAUGCUCCUGGUGCGCAACAGUUUGUUUUUUUGCUUUCUACGCGCGCUGGUGGUUUAGGUAUUAAUUUAGCAACAGCGGAUACCGUAAUUAUUUACGAUUCCGAUUGGAAUCCGCAUAACGACAUCCAAGCGUUUAGCAGAGCUCAUAGGAUAGGCCAGGCCAACAAAGUUAUGAUUUACCGUUUUGUCACGCGUAAUUCUGUGGAAGAGAGAGUAACGCAAGUAGCUAAGCGUAAAAUGAUGCUCACUCAUUUGGUUGUGCGACCAGGCAUGGGCGGCAAAGGCGCCAAUUUUAGUAAACAAGAACUUGAUGAUAUCUUACGUUUUGGUACGGAGGAAUUAUUCAAGGAAGAAGAGGGUAAGGAGGAUGAAGCUAUACAUUAUGACGAUAAGGCUGUCGCCGAAUUGUUGGACAGGAGUAAGGAGGGUAUCGAGCAGAAGGAGAAUUGGGCUAAUGAGUACUUAAGUUCCUUCAAAGUUGCUUCAUAUGUGACAAAGGAAGGUGAAACUGAAGAAGAAGCAGAUACAGAGAUAAUUAAGCAAGAAGCGGAAAAUACAGAUCCAGCAUAUUGGAUUAAGCUGCUUAGACAUCAUUAUGAACAGCAACAGGAAGAUAUCGCUAGAACACUUGGCAAAGGUAAACGAGUACGAAAACAAGUUAAUUAUACCGAUGGUGGCGUAACUGGUGAUCAAGGCGCAAGGGAUGAUCAACCAUGGCAAGAGAAUCUGUCGGACUAUAAUAGUGAUUUCAGUGCGCCCAGUGACGACGACAAAGAGGACGAUGAUUUCGACGAGAAAGGUGAUGGAGAUUUAUUAUCUCGUAGAAGUAGACGAAGAUUGGAAAGACGUGAUGAAAAAGAUAGACCUUUGCCGCCUUUACUUGCCAGAGUAAAUGGAAAUAUCGAGGUAUUAGGUUUUAAUGCAAGGCAACGGAAGGCAUUCCUCAAUGCAAUUAUGCGUUAUGGAAUGCCGCCUCAGGAUGCUUUUAAUUCUCAAUGGUUGGUACGUGACCUACGUGGAAAGUCUGAAAAAAAUUUCAAAGCAUAUGUUUCCCUUUUUAUGCGACAUCUCUGUGAACCGGGUGCUGACAAUGCAGAAACGUUUGCGGAUGGUGUCCCACGAGAAGGUCUUAGUCGGCAGCAUGUAUUAACAAGAAUCGGUGUUAUGUCUUUAAUUAGAAAGAAGGUUCAAGAAUUUGAACACAUCAAUGGCUAUUAUUCGAUGCCAGAGAUGAUACGUAAGCCAGUAGAACCUGUUAAAGUUGGAGAGGGAGUUGGAGAUGCAGCAACAGGUACUAGUAGUACUAGUGCCACCCCAGCAACUUCAAAUGCCCCCAGUCCUAGCCCUGCUGCUACGCCAACUCCGACUUCAACUUCUACGGGUAACGAAACUAACAAAACAAAUUCUGAUUCAUCUGAAGUUAAGGAAUGCAGAGAUGAAUCAAAAGAAAAGGAGAGUGGUGACGCAAAAGAUUCGAAGGAAGAUCCGAAAAAUUCUAAAGAAGAUGAAGAAACGAGUAUUGAGAAAGACAAGGAAAAGGAGGAUAUUAAAAAGGAAGAAAAAGAUGCUGAAACGGAGACCACAGAUAAAGAGAAGGACAAAUCUGAUACGAAAGACGAGAAAGCCGUAACAAAACAUGAUGAUAAAACGGAAAACAACGAGAAUAAGAAAUCCGAACCGGAAGAAGAUGUUGUUAUCGUUAAAGAUGAUGAAGAAGAGGUUGAAAAACGAGAGGAGAAAGAUAAUAAAGAAAAGGAUGUCAAGGACUGUGAUUCAGAAGUAAUGAAGCCUAAGCGUAAAUUCAUGUUUAACAUUGCCGAUGGUGGUUUCACGGAAUUGCAUACACUUUGGCUAAAUGAAGAAAAAGCUGCAGUUCCAGGUCGUGAAUAUGAUAUUUGGCAUCGCCGACAUGAUUAUUGGCUUUUGGCUGGUAUCGUGACGCAUGGUUAUGGUCGUUGGCAAGACAUUCAAAACGAUAUUCGGUUUGCAAUCAUCAAUGAACCAUUCAAGAUGGAUAUGGGAAAAGGUAACUUUCUGGAUAAAAAUAAAUUUUUGGCGAGACGCUUUAAACUCUUAGAACAAGCAUUGGUAAUUGAAGAGCAGCUCAGGCGAGCCGCUUAUUUGAAUCUCACACAGGAUCCUAAUCAUCCUGCUAUGAGUCUUAAUGCACGAUUCGCUGAAGUUGAAUGUCUUGCCGAAUCCCAUCAACAUCUUAGCAAAGAGAGUCUUGCCGGUAAUAAACCAGCAAAUGCGGUGUUGCAUAAGGUGUUAAAUCAGUUGGAAGAAUUAUUAUCCGAUAUGAAAUCAGAUGUGAGUCGUUUGCCAGCGACAUUAGCUCGUAUUCCACCAGUUGCUCAAAGACUCCAGAUGUCUGAGAGGUCAAUAUUAAGUCGUCUGGCAGCUACGGCACCUGGCGGAACUAGUUCUCAGACUGGACAAGCGUUACUGGCACAACAAUUUCCAGCCGGUUUCUCCGGAGGACAAUUGCCAGCUACCUUUGCAGGCGCUGUUAAUUUCGGCAACUUUCGACCACAAUACUCAGUUCCAGGACAACCACCACAAGGUUUUACAGCCUGAAUGUUAAGUGUUGGAACACAGUGGCUCAAAAAAGGACUCAAAAUAGCGCAAAUUGAACUGUCUUGCGAAAAUCAUUUGCGCUGUAACAUUAUUUUUCGUAAAUUACAGUUUUUAGCUGAAUUUUUCUAGAAAAAAAAGAUAUGAAGAGAUUCCCACAUGAAGACGUAAUAUUUUACAAAUCGAGUUGCAUUACUUCUGUAUUUAUUACGUGUACAUUCGGCAUAUAGAUUCAAGAUUUCACAUUCUCUAUAUUUAUACAUGCGUUCUUUAUAAGAAAUGACGUAGAUUAUUUUCCUAAGUUUCUUUUUAAGAAUUUGAUUCACAUCCUCUUAGCUUUUAAUGUAUUGCACGUAGUAAAACGAGUACAUUAUCUACUUAAGUCUAUUUAAGACCUUUUAGUUUAUAAUGUCGAGUUUCUUCAUAUUGUCACAUUUUUAAGGUGCUCUGAUUCAAGCAGUCUAUCACUUGUAAUUUAUUCAUGAAAUUUGCGACAAUAGGUUACGCGCGAGCGAUAAACUUAGAAUAUCCACGAUACUUUAAGGCCUGCGGUUCAUUUCGAAUUAUAUGUUUGCUACGGUGAACAAUCACUUUAUGCGUCAAGACUGACAUUCGGACAAUGUAGCUCAGAGAAUCUUGCAUGAUACACUUGUUGUAAUGCAUGGGUUGUAGAAUUCCGAUACAAUGCGAAUCUUCCCAAGUCUCUAUUUCUUUUGGUUUGCUCCUUAUCAAAGAAAGUUUGUGUAAUUUUUUGACGAGAUAGGAAAAAUGAAGGUUGUUUAUGCUUAAGAUCUAUUUAAGUAGAUUUCCUUUUUUUAUUUUUUAAUGCAGAUUUUAUUACUUAAGAAAGAGUAAGCAUUUUUAGCUUCUUCCUAGCAAUAGAGUGUGGUGAACUCGUCUUUCUCAUUAAGAUGAGUGCACAUUUGGACAUUGAAAACUGAAGUAAAAGCUGUCUAUGUAUGAAAAUAUGACAUCGGAAACGUAUCUCUGUACAUAUAAUCAUCGUAUUUAUAAAAAGAAAUCAUCCAAUAAUAACAGUUCACGUAUAUUAAACUUGUAAAUUGUGAUAUCGUCUGUGCCCCAUGCAUUACUGUAAAGUGAACUAAUGCAAUCGCCACAAGGUACCGACGAUUUUGAAUAAACAUAUGCGUAUCGUU